AAGGCUGUGCGUCACGAGGGGGGCAGUCCUAAUGGUCCCAUGGUGGAAGAAGUCCCGGCUCGGUGUGAUCCGUCUCAGCCAGCAGUGUCCCUCCGCACCGACAUGGAGUGCCCGCACCUUACGACUAGUGUUUGCAUUGCUCCGGACUACGCUGCCUUCCCCAGCGGUUGCCCCUCUUCGUGGUGCUGCAGCGUGUGCCGUUCAAAUAAAAGUCCUUGGGUCUGUCUGACUUGUUCCAGUGUGCACUGUGGAAGGUAUGUGAAUGGCCAUGCCAAGAAGCAUUACGAGGAUGCCCAAGUGCCGCUUGCCAACCACAAACAAUACGAAAAAUUAGAGAAGGAAAAAACACAGCACACUGUAUGUAUGGAUUGCAGCAGCUACAGCACAUUUUGUUACCGGUGUGAUGAUUUUGUGGUGAAUGACACAAAGAUGUGUUCUGUCCAGAAAGUUCGAGAGCACUUGCAGAACCUGGAGAACUCUGCAUUCACAUCAGAUAGACACAGAAAAAGGAAAUUCUUGGAAAACUCUUCACACAAGAAAAUGCUUAAAUUAAAUGGAAGUACCACGGUGCUCUGCGCUACGGGUUUGCGGAAUCUAGGAAAUACUUGUUUCAUGAAUGCUAUUCUGCAGUCACUCAGUAACAUUCAACAGUUUUGCUGCUACUUCAAGGAGCUGCCAGCAGUGGAACUCCGCAAUGGAAAAACAGCUGGUCGGCGGAUGUAUCAUACACGGAGUCAAGGAGAAGUUAAUGUGUCAUUGGUUGAAGAGUUCCGGAAAACUUUAUGUGCAUUGUGGCAGGGCACUCAAACUGCAUUUAGUCCAGAUUCCUUAUUCUAUGUGGUAUGGAAAAUCAUGCCAAACUUCAGGGGUUACCAGCAGCAAGAUGCCCAUGAAUUCAUGCGCUAUUUAUUGGACCACUUACAUCUAGAGCUUCAGGGUGAACUAGAUGGCUCCAAUCAUUCCGUCAUAUCACAGGAGAACACAAGCCGCCCUUCAAGCAGCAAGUGUUGUAUAAAUGGAGCGACAACAGUGGUGACCUCUGUGUUUGGUGGAGUUCUGCAGAAUGAAGUAAACUGCCUAAUUUGUGGAACAGAAUCUCGAAAGUUUGACCCGUUUUUAGAUCUCUCUUUAGAUAUUCCCAGUCAAUUCCGUAAUAAACGUAGUAAGAACCAAGAAAGUGGACCAACCUGCACGCUCAGAGACUGCCUGCGCAGCUUCACAGACCUGGAGGAGCUGGAUGAGACAGAGCUCUACAUGUGCCUGAAAUGCAAAAAGAAACAGAAAUCCACCAAAAAAUUUUGGAUCCAGAAACUACCAAAGGUGCUAUGCUUACACUUAAAAAGAUUCCAUUGGACAGCAUACCUUCGGAACAAAGUGGACACAUAUGUAGAAUUUCCUCUGCGAGGGUUGGACAUGAAGUGCUUCCUGUUGGAGCCAGAAAAUAUGGGCCCAGAAAGUUGUCUUUAUGAUCUAGCAGCUGUGGUUGUCCAUCAUGGCUCAGGUGUUGGCUCUGGUCACUACACAGCAUAUGCCACCCAUGAGGGUCGCUGGUACCACUUCAAUGACAGUACAGUAACCAUGACAGAAGAGGAAACCGUGGGAAAAGCAAAAGCCUAUAUUUUGUUUUAUGUGGAGCGUCCAGUUCCUGCCACUCCGGAAAAACUCUAAAUACCUCCUUUUCAUUCCCAUAAACUUCACACAUGUCCACCUUUCCACUAAUACUUGAUUGGAUUUUAUUUUUACUUUUAUGCACUUUCACAGCUCUGCUGAGCGUUGUCUGGCUGUCAGUGAUAGAGUAAGAUGUAUUUACAGAACUUCAUCACCACCUCUGCUGCCACAGAGAUCUACAGUUCUCUCCACAAAAUUGAAUGACGCAGUAUAUAACUGAAUUUUGACUAGGUAAAAAAAUAAAAUGGCAAUAUGAUCAUGAAAUAAGUCGCUGAACAAUAGUGGAACUCUGAAUUCUGGCUACGUUUGCUGCUCAGUUCCAGUGGGGGCCCAGUUCUAGGAAUUUUCCUUUUUGGGGGGACAUUUUCAUGCAGUGCCUUAAAUAACUGGAAGCUGAUGGCAAAUAACUUAGUUCUAGCCAUGGUGCCUCUUUAGUGACUACAGAAAACAGGCCAAAAUGGAAGAAGUAUGAGCACCAGUUUCUUGGGGUAAUUACAAUGAUCUGAACAUUUCUGUACAUUCAGCAGUUGUCAUAGCG